AUGAAGGGCGCUUUACAGGAGUCUCGCAAUCUUGGGAGGGGUAGAGGGCAAGUGAGAAACAGGGUCCCACAGGGGCAUGCUGGGGAUCCCACAGACGGCUGGAAACAGGACCUCCACAUGCCCUUCUCCUCCUACUGUGGCACCAGUGGCGCGCUGAGCAGUUUGGACUUCGGCCAGCUCUUUGCAGGCGACGCGGGAAGCCAGACGACAUGCAAGUUCGCACCACUGAUCCAGUUCGGUUCCUUCGUGGAUACUGGCAUCGUACGCUGGAAGACCACCACCAACUGGCCGGAUUGGCACCACCUCCUCGCGGAGAACUACGUUGAAUGUGCAUCGGGCGAAGCCUUGACUGCCUUCAAGUUGGACGCUGCCAAGAACAUCUACAAGUACGAGUGCAGCAAGAUCGGUGGACUGGGCGCCUGCUUUGACUACUACAGCGCCCAAGUGGAGAUUGCCAGUUUCUUGAUCUCAGGUUACCAGUGCUGCAAAGCCGGAGGGGCACCCGUGAGCUUCGAAUUGCUGGGCCACAUUAGCAAGGAGCAAGGAAAACGCGGCUACGAUGGCAUCUACUGCCCCAGUGGCCGGGAUUCCCACAGCGGACGCGUGCAGUUCGCCCCUUUUCUGGAGAGUCGAGCUGUAGUGAACGAGCCGGAAGAAGACCGCCAACCAACUUGCCAGUGGUGCGUGGAGUCGGAAUGCUCAGAGGUCACGGACAGCGAGUCCCCCCUGGGCAUGCAAGGCUUCAGACGGGGAUUUCUGAUGGUAGGUUGUGCAGCCUUCGAAGUGGUCAAUGUGAGCGACUUCAACGGCGAGUUCAACGGGCAGAUGCCUAAGGAGGAAAAGAAGGCAGAGCGGUUUGCCAGAGGAUGCCUCUACAAUUGUGUGAAGGUAAGUCUUGAGAAUUGUGCAGUGAUGUGGAAUUAG